AUGUUCCUUCAAUCCGCCACUCGGGCCGCUGCUCGCAGCUCGGCCAUGCCCACCACUGCCAUUCGUUCCUACCGCGCCGUCCCGAGCCCAAUGGUCUGCCUUAAUGCCCGUCCUCAGCCUGUGCAGAAGGCCAUCGCCCCUCAGCAGACCCGCGCUUCGUCCGAGCAUGCCAUCGCGAACCCUACCCUCUCCGGCAUCGAGAAGCGUUGGGAAGCCAUGCCUCCCCAGGAGCAGGCCGAUCUGUGGAUGCAGCUGCGUGACCGUAUGAAGGUGGACUGGCACAAGAUGACUGUGCAGGAGAAGAAGGCUGCCUACUGGAUUGCUUUCGGUCCUCACGGCCCCCGUGCCCAGGCUCCCAAGGGUGAGGGCCUCAAGAUUUUCUCCAAAGUCGUCCAGCUUGUUACGGCUUCUUGUGCUGUCUUCUACGUUAUCCACCUGUUCGGCAAGCCCAUGCCCCGGACGAUGACGAAGGAGUACCAGGAGGCCUCCAACGAAUACGCUAGGCAAGAGCGUAUCAACCCCAUUCACGGUAUCAGCAAAGAGGGAUACGAGGGCGAGGGCUUCGUCCAGAGCGCUCCGGCCGAGAAGGAGUAA